AUGGGCGCAUCCGCUCCCGUACCAGGGGAAGGGGGUUCCGAAGACACCGGACUCUCUGUAUUGGAUCUCACGAAGCAUGCUGCGCUCACCAUCAUCGAAACCCUCAACGCGGAUGAUCGACUUGGAAUCGUCACGUUCGGAAGCAAGUCAAAGGUUAUACAGGACCUUGAGCCCAUGAACGAUACAUCCAAGGCCAAGGCCAAGGACAACAUCAAAGCCAUGGUCCCUCAAGAUGCUACGAAUCUCUGGCACGGGAUCCGCGACGCCAUCGAAGUAUUCAAGGACGGAGGACGCAGCUCACGAGUGCCGGCCAUGAUGGUUCUCACGGACGGCAUGCCAAAUCACAUGUGCCCCCCGGCCGGUUACAUUCCUAAACUCAGGUCCAUGUCAAAACUGCCCGCAACAAUCCACACAUUCGGUUUCGGCUACAGCUUGAGGUCGGGAUUGUUGAAGUCCCUGGCGGAGUUUGGAAAUGGCAAUUACGCUUUCAUCCCAGACGCAGGCAUGAUCGGCACCGUGUUUGUUCACGCGGUUGCCAACCUUCAGGCUACAUUUGCGACAAACGCAAAACUAACACUAACCUAUUCGAACGAUCUCCAGGUCGAGCAGACCAUGGAUUCGUCGGUUCUCCAGGAAGAGGCGAGAGAGACGGGAUCGAAGGAAAGCAGACUGAAGGUGCUGCAAAUACCGCUCGGCAAUCUGCAAUACGGGCAGUCUCGUGACAUAUUCCUGCGGGUCAGGAGGGGUGCCGCGAACGAGGCCGACGGAGAACUCAUUCUACGACCCACCGAUCUAGAUGUCGAAGCUACACUCGACUUCGACACGGCGCGGAUUCCCUCAGCGUCCCCAGAUUCGAAAACGCUGAACGAUGCAGACCAUGGAAGUUUCACCCUGUCGGUGCGCGGAAGCCUAGCUCACCAGGCUACCGACUUGAGUGACGCAGAGGUGGCCUAUCAUGAGUCGCGAGCACGGAUUUGCAAGUACCUGUCCUCAUGGUUCCCCAUCGGACCAGAUGGUGAACACAGGGUGCUCGCGGAGGGACGAGCGCAGAAACAAAAGGAGCUGGCUCUGCUGCUCGACGAAAUCCCGGCGCGAAACCACCUCGACCCCCUGAACCAGUCGUUGAUGGAGGAUCUGACGGGGCCAGAGCCCAAGGGGCAAAUAUCUCUGGCCAUCAACACCGACGAGUAUUUUAACAAGUGGGGUGUGCACUACCUGCCGUCGUACUACAACGCCCACUCGCGGCAGAUCUGCAACUCUUUCAAGGAUCCCGGUCCACUGCAAUAUGGCAUCAACAGCCCGUUAUUCGUCGCAUGCCGCGACCGACUUGACGAGGUUUUUGACAAUCUGCCUGCCCCUGAGCCUACACCGACAACUCGACGCGGUUACGUUGGCUAUGGAGGCCAUCAUGUUGGUGGCCACGCGGGUAGCCGACCGAAAAUAUCCAUGAGUCGGUAUCGCGAUGCCCAUGGCGUAUGCUUUGCGAGCUCGACUCCUCUAGAACUGGCUUCCGGGAGGAUCGUACCAAUUCGAAAGCUGAAGCGAGGCAUGAAGGUUCGCACCCCAUCUGGGUCGCGAAAGGUCGCACUGGUACUGAGGACGCCCGUGCAGGCGGCCACGCUUUGUCGGGUCGGAUCACUCGUCGUCACGCCCUGGCAUCCCAUAUCUCUCGACGGAAAGUCGUGGACGUUCCCUGCGGAUGUCGCGGAGGGCAUAGUGCGGUACACCGGGUCCGUGUACUCGGUGAUGCUUCAGCGAGAUAGGAACUCGAGGGCGCACUCCAUACGCGUGGGCUCAGUCUGGGGCGUCACGCUCGGCCACGGCUUGACCCACGGGAGCGACGCGCGCGCCCACGCCUUCUUCGGGGACUACAACCGCGUCGGAAAGAGCCUCGUUGGGCUCGGCGUGGACCGCUCUGGGGUUGUUGAAGGUCGCGGCGUGGAACGCGACCCGCAGUCUGGUCUGGUUGUCGGCUUCAGGGCAAAGCCGGUUGCUAGAACCGGCCUUCAGCUUCACCAGUCGAUGGUGCGCAAGGUUUCCUUGUCGCAAUCUAGUGUAUAG